UUCACUCAACGCAGUACCCAGAUUUGAGCAAGUAACAGUUCGCGGUCGCCACUGCUCGAGAGCCAUGCCAAAAGCAUUCUUAGUGAAGAAAAGAGCCAGUGAUGGCUCAAGUAGAGAGAAAAACCAGCAUUUAAACUUCGUACCAUCUCCCAAGGAAACUCAAAGAAAAAAUGAUGACAACAAGCCACCACCGGCAGAAGAGGAAAAGCCAUCAAAUCGACCGUUUGACAUCGCGAAUCUCACACGUCCGGACAAGCCCGCUAUUAAACAACCUGUCGUUGACGCCGAUCAAAACUGGGGAUUACAUUUUCCAAAUCGUUUUAUGUUCAGAGAUUUGGGAUCCCAUUUUCGCGGAACAGGGCAUACAUCAAGUUAUCAACUAUACGACACGCGCCGGUUCUCACCACGGGAAGCUUACAGCCCGUGCAUUUUAUCACCGUAUGGUCGAUUCCACAAUCAAGUCUGUUUCACGUCUGGUAUCAGCGAAUUACCCAUGCCUUAUCCUUGCUGGUCGCCAAGCCCGUUUGCAAGCAGACUACCAUCGAGUCCCUUGUCUUACAGGGAAAAUGACCGUAGUGUAAGCGCAUUAGUAUGCCCCUCCCCUCUUCGACCUGCGCUUCUGUCUCCAUCACCGAGCGAGAAGAAAAAGAACGAUACGAGUCUGAACGGUGGCGAACCGUUCGAGUGCCUGAACUGUAAGAAAGUCUUCAGUACAUCCCAUGGCUUGGAAGUCCAUGUCCGUCGCUCGCAUUCUGGGAGACGUCCCUAUGAGUGUACGAUUUGCGGAAAGACUUUUGGCCAUUCGGUCAGCUUAGAGCAACAUCAAAGCAUCCAUAACAAUGAAAAGACGUUCCAAUGCAAAGAAUGUAACAAAAAAUUCAAGAGAUCAUCGACGCUUUCCACGCACAUGUUGAUUCAUUCAGAUACCAGACCAUUUGGCUGUAAUUACUGUCCAAAAAGAUUCCAUCAAAAAUCUGAUAUGAAGAAGCACACAUACAUUCAUACGGGUGAGAAGCCACAUAAAUGCUUGGAGUGUGGCAAGACAUUUAGUCAGUCGUCAAAUCUCAUAACCCACAGCAGAAAACACUCUGGAUUUAAGCCAUUCUCUUGCCAGAUUUGUAAAAGGUCUUUUUACAGAAAAGUGGACUUAAGAAGACAUAUGUACACGCACGAAACAGCACCGGGGAUUUUGAACUGAAAAGCAGUCGAAGUAAAGCUGGCUUUUUCUAAGAAAAGAUGUAACAGUAGAAAUGAAUCAAAAUAAACAAAUUGCCUAAAUAGUUAAUAAAAAAACAGAGAACGAAUAGUAGGAAAUUAAUAUUGUGAAUAAAUGUUGCUCUCAAAAAGCUCCUAAAAUUAUARAUAUUCGCAACAAAAACAUAGCACUGAAUGGAACUUCUGCAUAAAUUUUAAAAUAUUUAAUAUAAAAGUUAUAACCUACGUAAAAGUCUAAGUUCGUAAUUCAAAAGUAAAAUACAAAUUUGUCGUAAUCUGGAGAACAUUUUUACAAGAAAAAGCGAACGCUCAAAAAUUUGACCUGGAUUUGAAUUUGAGGAAUAUUUCGCGAAGUCACUAAAGCGCCAUUUAUAUCUUUUUAGCGUUUGUUUUUCUUGUAAAAUUUAUCGAUGAAAUGUAGAUAGGUUUAAUGUU